ACUCUCUCUCUCUCUCUCUCUCACACAGUCCUCAUAAUAAGUUCAGAAAACCUGUUUCAAACUUGCCAUUGUCAAAGACUCCCAUCAUCAUAGAUAUUCCCACUAACCCUAUUUAACGCGCAUUUAACACCCCACCUUCCCACAAUCCCAUAAUCCCCACAUUCCCACGAUUCUUCUAAACCUCAGAAAACUUCUCUCGCUCACUCUCUCUCUGAAUAGAGAAAAUGGCAGCAAAGUUGAACCUUUCUGUUCUUCUUUGCCUGUUGGCCAUCUGGGCCGUUGAUUAUGCCCAAGGUGCGUCCUCACCCCACGCCCCUGCACCGUCCGUGGACUGUUCGAGCCUGAUCCUGAACAUGGCUGACUGCCUGUCCUUUGUCACCAACGGCAGCACCACCACCAAGCCAGAGGGUGGUUGCUGCGUUGGCCUCAAGACUGUGCUCAAGGCUGAUGCCGCAUGCCUCUGUGAGGCCUUCAAGAGCAGUGCUUCUCUCGGUGUCGUCUUGAAUGUCACCAAGGCUAACACCCUCCCCGCCGCCUGCAAAGUCUCCGCUCCCGCCGCCGCUAACUGCGCAUUGUCUUUGACUCCUGCUGAUGCUCCUGUUUCAGGUCUCUCACCGAAAGAUUCUCCGGCUUCUGCUGCUGCCCCGGAGACGCAAGCAGGAGGGAAUGAGGGAGCCCCAACUCCAUCCCCAGGGGUCUCAGGUUCUUCAGUGCUCACCACUUCAGCCGGAUUCCUACUUAUUGUGGGCUUAGCGGUUGCUUCAUUUUCUAGCUUCUGAGCGGAUGGCAGUGUCAAUUUUUUAGGGCGGAAAGAAGAAGUGAUGUGAGGGAAAUCUGUCGUGUUUAUAUCAAUUGAGACUAUGUAUGAACGUUAGUUUUUCUAUCUCUUUUAAGUGGAUCGAAUGACUUGAAACCUACUUGAAGGUUUGGUUUGGAUUGUUCUUAUAAUGUUAUUUCAAUCUAUUUCUAUCUA